AUGGGCAGAACAGAAAGCAGAACAGAAACGAUGGGCACAACGAGCCCGGACGAGCUCUCCGACUACCCUGAAGGCGGUCUCAAAGCCUGGCUAGUUGUGCUUGGUGCCUGGUGUGCGAUGUUUUCCUCAAUGGGAUUUCUAAAUACUCUGGCAGUCCUCCAGGCGCGGCUUACAGAACAUGAACUCAAGGGCAUGUCUGAAUCGACGGUGGGGUGGGUAUUCAGUUUAUAUCCGUUUUUCUUGUACUUUUGCGGUGCCCAGGUUGGACCUAUCUUUGAUUCUCGGGGUAUUCAAUGGUUAAUUGCGCCUGGAAUUAUUGGAACCGUGCUGGCUUUGAUCUUUAUGAGCUUUUCACAUGAAUUCUACCAAUUCCUCCUAUCCUUUGGCGUUCUCGGUGGAAUCUCAGCAUCCCUUCUAUUCAACCCCAGCGUCUCAGCCAUAGGCCACUGGUUUUUCAAGCGCCGAGCAUUAGCUACAGGCAUAGCCUGCACUGCUGGCGGCAUAGGCGGAAUUGUCUUCCCACUCAUCAUCAUCUACCUCACGCCACGUCUGGGGUUUCCCUGGUCCAUGCGAAUCAUCGCCCUGAUCUGCGCCGUCCUGGGAGCCGCAGCAUGUCUGCUGCUGCGCAAGAGGCUACCGCCAAAUGUAGCUGGCGGCUCAGCUAUUGAUUUGAAAUCCCUGCGCGAACCGAAAUUCGCAAUGACCACGUUGGCGGUUUUCCUGGUUGAGUUUGCCGUGUUUAUUCCGUAUACAUACAUCUCGUCGUAUGCGAUUCAUUCUGGUGGAAUGGACUCGCAGACGGCAUAUUUACUCAACAUACUGCUCAACGUGGGCGCAAUACCUGGCCGUGCGCUUCCCGGUUAUGUUGCAGACCGGUUCGGCGUGUUUAAUACCAUGUGCAUAACGGCAGUUGCCUGUGCAGCCAUCAUUCUCGGUCUCUGGUCAACGGCAAGCGGGAAUAGCGCCAUGAUUACCUCGUUUGUUGUGCUGUACGGCUUCUGGUCGGGUGCCGCUAUCAGCUUGACGCCCGUUUGUAUUGGUCAGGUUUCCAAGACUGAGGAUUAUGGGAAACGCAGUGGCACGGCGUUUUUCACGGCGAGUCUGGGUGCGUUGGCUGGUAUACCCAUCUCGGGGGCGAUUGUGCAGGCAAAUGGCGGAUCGUAUCAGGGACUGGUGUUUUUCUCGGGGGCGUUUUAUCUGGCAGCGUCUGUUGCGUUUGCGUGUGUGAGGGUUAUGUGUGGAGGUUGGGGGUUGAGAAUGAUCGUUUAG